UUUAUCAGUAUAAAUCAAGAGACAAUAACUUUUAUGCUCUUCUUAGCAAGAAGAGCUAAUGACGGGAAACAAGAUGUUAUGGGAUUUCCUUUUCAGAUUCAUUCCUGUUUUAUUUCUUACAGCGGUUUAUGCUCAGGAUCAAUCAGGCUUCAUUAGCAUAGACUGUGGUUUACCAGCAAACUCUAGCUAUACUGAUGAAACAACGAGCCUGAAUUACAUUUCAGAUGCAUCAUUCAUCGACGUUGGUAUCAUUACAACCAUAACGCCUAAAGUCACUACAAAUAGCACGGACCGCCAGCAAUUGUCUGUUAGGAGCUUUCCUGAAGGUGACAGAAAUUGUUUUAAUGUAGAACUUGCUAAAAACACUAAAUAUUUGAUCAGAGCAAUUUUCGCGCAUGGAGACUACGACGGAUCCAAUGAGCUACCAGAAUUUGAUCUGCAUCUAGGACCUAACAAAUGGGUUACCGUGAAAAUCUUGAAUGCUAGCAUUCCUGUAAUUAAAGAAAUCAUACAUACACCUACAUUGAACUAUAUUCAUAUCUGUCUGGUAAAUACCGACUCUGGGAUGCCUUUCAUAUCAGCACUAGAGUUGAGGCCCUUAAAAAAUACAACAUAUGUAGCGCAAUCUGGAGCACUGGUGAAAUCCACACGGUUGGAUUUGGGUUCUCUAACAAAUAAAACUGUCAGGUAUCCUGAUGAUGUCUUUGACCGUAUCUGGACCCCUGAUCAUUUCCACAAAUGGACAGAUUUGAGUACUCCAGAUACCGUUGAUGCUCAAAAUCACAUUGAUUUCCAGCCACCAUCAGUUGUAAUGAGGACUGCAAACAUGCCAACCAAUGCUAGUGAAAACAUGGAGUUCUAUAUAGACAUUGACGAUACAACUUCACUAUUUUAUGUCUACAUGCACUUUGCUGAAAUCGUAGAGCUUCAAGCUAACCAAUCCCGUCUAUUCAACAUUUCUCUGAAUGGAACAAUCUGGUAUGGACCUGUGAUUCCUAAUCAUUUGUCCUCAGGCACCGUCUAUAGUCAAUUUCCCAUCAUUGGAGGAAAUAAUAUGUUCUCACUCUUUAAAAUCGAAGGUUCAACCCUGCCACCCCUCCUCAAUGCGAUUGAAAUAUAUUUCGUUGUUGAUCUCUCUCAAUCAGAAACAGACCAAGAUGAUGUUGAUGCUAUCAUGAAAAUCAAGUCAACAUAUGGAAUUACAAAAAACUGGCAAGGAGAUCCAUGUGCUCCUCAAGCUUAUGUGUGGCAUGGUCUAAAUUGCAGCUACAGUGACGAUGAUCCACCUACAGUCAAAUCCUUGAAUUUAUCUUCUAGCGGAUUGAGAGGAGAGAUAGUUUCUGAAAUAGCCAACCUCAGAUCAUUGGAAUUGUUGGACUUGUCAAACAAUAGCUUGUCAGGUUCAUUGCCUGAUUUUCUUUCUCGAAUGACAUCCUUGAAAGUCCUAAACUUGACGGGAAACAAGCUCACAGGUACCAUUCCGGCUGACCUCUUUGAAAGAUCGCAACAGGGUUCGCUAUUGCUAAGUGUUAGCGGAAAUCCAGAACUCUGUCCAUCAGUUUCAUGCACGAAAAAGAAGAAAAGUGUUGUUGUUCCAGUGGUGGCUUCAGUUGUUGCAUUUUUCAUUUUAGCAGCUGCAUUGGUAGUCAUUUUACGCUACUUCUUUGUACGUUCACAAGCCAAGACUAAUGAAGCUAAAAUAAGUUAUGAAACAAAUGAUGAACCAUUAGUGGAGUCGAAGAAACGACAAUUUUCCUACUCUGAAAUUCUCAAGAUUACAAAUAACUUCGAUAAGAUUCUUGGUAAGGGAGGUUUUGGAACAGUCUACCAUGGCACCUUAAAUGAUGGUACACAAGUAGCUGUCAAGGUUCUUUCUCUAUCCUCAGCUCAAGGGUACAAGGAGUUCCAAGCAGAGGUGAAGCUUCUUCUGAGAGUUCAUCACAGGAACUUGACUACCCUUGUAGGGUACUGCAAUGAAGGCACCAAUUUGGGGCUUAUCUAUGAGUACAUGGCUAAUGGAAACUUAGAAGACUAUCUCUCAGAUAGCUGUCUGAAUACCUUAAGUUGGGAGAUAAGACUUCGAAUAGCAACCGAAGCAGCACAAGGAUUGGAAUAUCUUCAUAACGGUUGUAAGCCACAAAUUGUGCACAGAGACGUGAAGACAACAAACAUUUUACUAAAUGAUAAAUUCCAAGCCAAACUAGCUGAUUUUGGGUUGUCAAGAAUUUUCCCAGUUGACGGUAGCACACAUAUAUCAACUGUUGUUGCUGGCACUCCUGGCUACCUUGAUCCUGAGUACUACGUAAACAACUGGUUAACAGAUAAAAGUGAUGUCUUUAGCUUUGGGGUUGUUCUUUUGGAGAUCAUCACAGGAAGACCUGCGAUAGCUCAAACCCGUGAAAGGACUCACAUUAGCCAAUGGGUUAGCUCCAUGCUUGAAAAAGGAGACAUUCACGGCAUCGUCGACCCAAGGCUAAACGGGGAUUUCGAGAUUAAUUCUGUAUGGAAAGCUGCGGAAUUAGCAAUGGGCUGUGUGUCUGCAUCUUCUGCUAGAAGGCCGACAAUGAAUCAAGCGGUGGUGGAGUUGAAUGAUUGUUUAAAGAUAGAGAUGGGUCGAACAAGGGAAGGACAGAGCAGUCAAUCAUUCAACUCUAAUUCUAUUGAGUUGAUGACUGUGAAUGUGCACACUGAGGCAUCUCCUCUUGCAAGAUAGUUUUAAAGUCUCAAUGGAUUUGUUCAAAGGUUAGUACGUUCUGUUCUGCCACCCACAUGAAAUUGCUUCAACAUUUUGCCAUAAGUGGCUUCUUUUUUUGUUACUAAAUUGAUUUAUUUGUAUUGUAACAUAUUUGUGUAUUUAGAUACAAGCACACAGGCAUAAUUAUUUUGGCAUAAGUACUCUUUGGUAAUUAAGAAAUCACAUGUGCACAGGGAGUGCGUAGAACUGUUAAUGGGCCUGAUAGUGUUUGUGACGAAGGCACGUAGCCCAUGAAUAUCUACAUUUACCCAAGAUAUGUGUAUAAGAUAGUGAGCUUCUAGGCCAUGAGUAUUAAUGGGCCUUAACAGAAUCUGAAAUACUAAUUAGAUAAUUUUGCAACUGUAUGAAGUGAGCUCCAUUUUAUUUGAA